UAUAGAUACACUAUCUCAUUGGAAUUGAACUGUUCUACAGUGUUUUGGCCUACGCGCUUAAAAUGAAUAAUAUUGCAUGUUUUAAGGUGGUGAUAAUUUGCAGUGCAUGCUGGGUUUUACUGGUGAUUCUACUUACUUUAUUUACAGACAACUCCGUCAAAACAGUAUUUUCAGUGGGCUUGUAUAACAGCUCUGUUUCUACAGCGUUUGAAAAGAAAGCGAUGAGCGUAAACUCUACUCUCCCAGACAGGACAGAUGUUUUACUUGUUGCCUACAUGCGAACAGGGUCAACAUUUCUUGGAAAGGUUCUAGGCUGGAGAGACGACGUGUUCUUCUGGUUCGAACCGCUGAGAAAAGAUAGGAACUGGCAAUACUUGCGUGGAAACGACCUUCUGUGUCAAGAUUUAAAGCCCGCCUGUGAAAUAACUGCAAGCAACCAACAAAAGAUAGCUCUAAGAUUUCUACUGGAUAUUUUUGACUGCAACCUACAGCCCUAUGACAGCAUGCCAACAGAUAUCAACUUUAAAACAGAAUUAUUACCUCCAAGUUGGUUUGAAUACGCAAAGUGCAAGAAAAGCCUGAACAAAUCCUUGACUUGUAACACUGCAUUGACUAACUCAUGUAAAAAGACAAAGCACCGCAUUGCAAAGGUACUCCGCAUAGAUCUAGAAGGUACUGCAUCUCUCCUCGAAAGAAAUCCGCGACUGAAAAUAGUUCAGUUGUUACGUGAUCCUAGAGCUAUUAUGAACAGUCAUUUGCGUACAGGAUGGUAUGGAAUGAAUUUAAAAUCUCACCAACAGAUCGAAGCUGAUUCUAUAGUGCUUUGCUCAAGAUUAAGAAACGAUAUUCUAGCAGGAAAAUCACUGAUGAAAUUAUACCCUGACCGAGUGAGACUGCUUCAAUAUGAAGACUUUAAAAACCUAGACGAGAAAGUGCAAAAACUUUACAAGUUUCUUAACAUGGAAUUAAUAAGUCAACAAAAUAAUAUUUUACAAAGUUUGAAGGAGGACAAUUCACUACAUGCAAAGAUGUCAAGCACAAACGUGAAGUAUGAAAGACACGAUGGUUUUCACCCAUUUCUGUUUAGAGAGCAAAUGGAUUGGGUCAUUGCUGAGACUGUACAUAAACAUUGUGGGGAUGUUUUGAGAGAACUAGGUUUAAGACAGUUCAAAACAGAGGAAGAAUAUCGGGACCUGACCCAAAAUGUUGUGAUAGAUAAGUUACCGUUUGAGUUAAUGUAGGUAGUAAAAAAUUGAUUAAUGAAUGUUCAAAAAAUACUUUGAAAUACGUUAUUGUUUCAUGCCUGGGCCCUACCCUGCCACAGGGCCAAUGUCAAGCUAAUGACAUAAGUCAGGAAUUACAUAUGGCAAGACACAUCUAUGUUCUGU